AAUGUAUGUGACCAUGAACUUUUAUUUGCAUAUGGGUUAAAGGGAGUAGGUUAGUGAAACUGGUUUUCUCCAUUUUAGUUGCUACUUUUGUGCAGACAACAUAUGUUGGUCUAAUUUUGUUUGAAUUUUAAGUUGAAUAAUCAUGGCACAAGAGUUUGUAAAGAAAGGGAAGAAAAUUAUUGGGGCAGGAAUGAAUUAUAAUUCUCUGCUGGCUGAGAAGAAUCUGCCCAAACCAAAAGAACCUUUUUUCUUCUUGAAACCUACUUCAUCGUACAUCACUGAAGGUCAAGAUAUAAUAAUACCCCGCGGCGGCCUCGUGAACGAAGAAGUGGAGCUGGGGGUGAUAAUCGGGGAGAAAUGCAAGAACGUCACCACCGCCUCCGCCAUGCGCUACGUCGGCGGCUACUGCCUGGCUCUCGACAUGACGGAAGUUAACCUCACUGACGCCGCGAUCAAGACGGGCCGCCCGUGGACCUUCGGGAAGGGGUUCGACACGGCGUGCCCCGUGAGCAGGUUCGUGGGCGCCGACGAGCUGAAGGACCCGGGCGACACGGAGAUCUGGUGCCGCGUGAACGGCGCAGAGGUGCAGCGCGCCAGCACGUCGGACCUGGCCUUCUCCGUGCCGGAGAUGAUCGCCCACAUCACCAAGUACGUGACGCUGGAGCCGGGGGACCUGCUGCUGACGGGGUCGCCCCCGGGCAUCGGCCCGGUACGCCCGGGGGACGUCAUCGAGGCCGGCCUGGCGGACAUCCUGACCAUGACCUUCCCGGUCAGGUCCGCCUGACGACCGCGCUGUAGACAGCUCGUUGCUAGCAACACAGGCGAGCUAUCAAAACACAACAUAGCGGCAAGGUUCAGCACUGCUGUACGUGGGCCUCUCUGGCGGAGGGGGGGGGGGGGGGGACAUGUCCCCUCCAAAAAUUCCUCGUGGAGGGAACACAAUAGCACUCAAGGGUAAUUUUUUUCCCCCCCUUCAUUUCAU